AUGGACAUGGAGAAGGUGGAGAGGAAGGAGGUGGAGGUGGAGGUGGAGGUGGACGACGACGGCCGCGUCAGAACAGGGACGGUAUGGACGGCGACGACGCACGCCAUCACCGCCGUGAUAGGCUCCGGCGUGCUCGCCCUGCCCUGGAGCGUCGCGCAGAUGGGUUGGAUCCUCGGCCCCGUCGCCCUCAUCGGCUGCGCCUACAUCACCUACUACACCGCCGUCCUCCUGUCCGACUGCUACCGCACGCCGGACCCCGUCCACGGCAAACGGAACCACACCUACAUGGACGCCGUCCGCUCAUGCCUCGGGCCUAGAAAUGUGGUGGUGUGUGGACUCGCACAGUAUGCGAUCCUCUGGGGGACAAUGGUGGGCUACACCAUCACCACUGCCACAAGCAUCAUGGCCGUCGCGCGCACGGACUGCCACCACUACAGGGGCCACGACGCGGCCUGCGUCCCGUCCGGGACGAUGUACAUGGUGGCGUUCGGCCUCGUCGAAGUGGUCCUGUCCCAGUUCCCGAGCCUGGAGAAGCUCACCAUCAUCUCGGUGGUCGCCGCCGUCAUGUCGUGCACCUACUCCUUCGUCGGGCUGUUCCUGAGCGCCGCCAAGCUCGCGUCGAACCACGGGGCACGCGGCACCCUCCUGGGCGUCAAGAUCGGCGCCGCCGCGGGCGUCUCCGCGUCGACCAAGACGUGGCACGCCCUGCAGGCACUCGGCAACAUUGCCUUCGCGUACACCUACUCCAUGCUUCUCAUAGAAAUCCAGGACACUGUGAAGUCACCGCCAUCAGAGAACGUGACGAUGAAGAGGGCCAGCUUCUACGGCAUUGGCGUGACGACCAUCUUCUACGUGUCGCUCGGGUGCAUCGGGUACGCGGCCUUCGGCAACGCCGCGCCGGGGAACGUGCUCACCGGCUUCGACGAGCCGUUCUGGCUCGUCGACGUCGCCAACGUCGCCGUGGUUAUCCACUUGGUUGGAGCAUAUCAGGUGUUCGCACAGCCGAUCUUCGCGUGCUACGAGAAGUGGCUGGGGGCCCGGUGGCCGGACUCGGCCUUCUUCCACCACGAGUACGCGGUGCGCCUGCCCCUGCUCGGCGGCGGCCGCACGGUGCGGUUCACGAUGUGCAAGCUGGUGCUGCGCACGGCGUUCGUGGCCGCCACGACGUUGGUGUCGCUGAUGCUGCCCUUCUUCAACGCCGUGCUCGGGCUGCUGGGCGCCAUCGCGUUCUGGCCGCUCACGGUGUACUUCCCGGUGACCAUGUACAUCGCGCAGGCCAAGGUGGCGCCCGGCAGCCGCAAGUGGGUGGCGCUGCAGGCGCUCAACGUGGGCGCGCUCGUGGUUUCGCUGCUCGCCGCCGUGGGCUCCGUGGCCGACAUGGUGCAGCGCCUGGGCCAUGUCACCAUCUUCCAGACGCAGCUCUGA